GGAGCUGGCACAGGAAUGAUGUUUUGGGAACUACAUUGCCUGUGGUUUCUCAGCUACAGGAAGAGCCUGUGAGGGUUUUUUGCAAGAUGCAGCAACCGUUGAGAUCCACUCCAUUACAAAUUGAUCACUGUCUUUGCGGAAAUAGACACACAGCCCACUUGAGAAAUACUGCUAAAUGACUCAACUGUCCUGCCACAUUGGAGCUGCUCCACACCAGGGAAGAACAACACAUGGAGUCCCGUAGGCCAGGGUCUGAGGUCAGUAUUGCAGAUUCUGAAAGGGAUUAUGAGAACGUUAUACCUUCAAGUUUCCUAAGAUGGCAGCAACAAGUCCCAGAACAAGCAAUGAAGGCCAAACCAGAUGUGCUCAAACCCACCACACAUACUGACAAUACAAGACAAUACAAGAGGAUUGGCCUCCUUUCCAUCUUGCUGUGCGCUUUCCUGUUAAUAGCCAUCCCUGCUUUUGUCCUGGCAACCUUGAAAUAUAUUCCUCGGUGUCCAGGUGACUGGCAAAAGUUCCAGACAAAAUGUUACUACUUCUCCAGUCAUCAGCAGACCUGGCAAGAUGCACAGAGUAUUUGCGUUAACCUUGCUGGACACCUGGUGGUGGUCCAUGACAAUGCAACUAGAAAGUUUCUAAAUCAUCAACAGAAGUCUAGCUACUGGCUUGGCCUGAGGACAUAUGCCGAAGGAGAAUGGCUUUGGGUGGAUGAUACACCUCUACAGGACAUAUCCGAGAACAAAGCUUCUAAUCGGACAACUAAAUGCAUGUAUGUCGACCACACAAAUAAUACAAGCAGAAUGACGCAAUCUUUUUGCAGUUAUUCCUUCCAUUACAUUUGUGAAAAACAGCAAGCAUAAGAAACAUUACAUUUUGUUAUAAUUUGCAGAGUUUUUUUUAAUUUUAAUUUGUGAAAAAUUAAGUAGUCUGUAAAUUAUCAUUCUCUUUAAUGGCUUCUUUUGAAAGUGUGCUCUCCCAGAGAUUGCAAUAGUGAAUAUCAAAUAUAGAGAAAGCAUGAUGUAGGUUACAGAAAUUGUGUAUCAUCUUGAAGGACUCCCCCGCCCCCUUUCCCAUUUGUGGAUUUACUUAGAAUUGCAGGAUUUGUUCACUGGAUGCAACUACCCUUCCAACUCUUCUGUCCUUCCCAUAGACAAGCCUUGAACUACAUGGCAACAUGAUUUACACCAAGAUGCAAAACAAGUCAAUUUUAGUAUCAGCCCCUAAUCCUUCUCCAAAGACAUGUACAUUAGGGUUGCAUGCAGAAUUCAUUUCCCCUGUUUCAUCCAUUCAUCUGGUAUCUUUGGUACUCCGGGAGCACAUAACAGGUAGGGCCCUCCCCCGUACAAAAACCCAACCGACACAAAAGCAAGUGGGAGCCAAUCUCAGCUCCUCCUUCCCUAUUCGGCUUGUGCUGGUACGUCUGUACCAGGAGCUCCAACUUUAUUUUCUUUCUAUUAAGUGUUUGCAUGCAUUCCAAAGUUUCAGGGAUUCUGCAAAAGGUGCCUUCCUUUGGUUUGCAGUCAUAGGGCAAGCCACCUGUCUAUCAUUGUUAAGUUUGGAUCCGCCCCUUCUCCCAGGGAGAUGGUAGGGAAGAGGGGCCAUUUUUAAUUAGUCUUAGUGAGGAAACCUAAGUUAGAGGACGUGGACAAGCUUCACCUGCAGAAAAACUUCAUUUCUCAAGACAUUCCGGGGGGAAUUCCCAAAGCUCUGGCUGGGAGCUUGCAGCCUCUCAGCCUUACAGUAUCUGAGGGAAACAGCCCUAAAGUCUUAAGAAAUUCCGGAGGGAAAACAGCUUUACAGACCCAAAGAACUCCAGCUGGAGAAUCUGCAAGCCUUUACUGGCAGGGCUACUCGGUGCCCAAGAUGCAGUUUGGAUCCGGUUAUAGUUCCCACAUCAGUAAAGCUUAGAUAAUAGACAGCCUGGGAGAGGUUAAAAAAGGGUUUUUCUCUCAAAGUAUAAGAACAGUUAAUGAAGACAGUUGCCUGUCCCUUGUGGACAAGAUUAAGGAAGCCACCAGUUGAUUUAAAGCCUUGAAGCAUUUGUUUGACUCAUUGAAGAUUUGAGAAAUAUCUGUUUAAUUUGUUCAAUAAUAAAGGACUUUGUUUAACCUUUCAAGCCAUCUAAACACAAUUUCUUCAGGAAAAUCCUUGAGGGCCUCUUUUGUGGCACCCUGGCUUCCCGCUGGGCACAUGGUGCACAUCCUAUUUCAAAAGACAAUUAUUACAGGCCCAGUGUGUGACAGAAAAUGGCUCACAGUUGAAUCUUUUUUAUUUUCCUUUAUUUUCCUAAUUGUUUUUAUUUAGUGGGACUGACUGGGAGUGGGGAUCUGAGGGAAGGUGGGUGAGGUGCGCGUGCAUGCAUGCCUGUGUUUGGCGGCUUGGAGAGUCACUCUUUUAGCUUCUUUUCCCCCUUUCCUUCCUCUCCUUCAGAAAAUACUUUUUAAAAUUAUUAUUAUUAUUAUUAUUAUUAUUAUUAUUAUUAUUAUUAUUAGUAACUCCAGCAAACAGAAAGAGAAACCUACUUCUCAUCUAGAGUAGAAAGUAGAAACAACUAAAGGAAGCAAAACCCUAAGCAGAAAGAAGAUUGCAGCCUUGCAGGCAAAACAGGGGAUUUUUCAGGUAGUCCGGGGAGGAUACAGCUCUGCUGAGUUCCCAGGUCAUCACUCUUCCCUGGGCCUCCUUAAAAUGCCUCUUGGAAAGCUGCUUUCCAAGCAUGCUGGUGCUGUUGAGAGAAAGCAUGUGGGCCUGCCUCACCUGCAGCCAAGCACCUCUUCUCUAGGGUAGAAAAAAGCUUUAAGAAUAAGAAGCCUCCUUAAAACACACGCCUGCCUGCAGCUGAGCGCCUCUCUUCUAGAGUACAGCUUAAAUGCCUAAAAUGAGGGGAAGGGGAGCCUAGGAUGCCCUCCCCCCAUAAUGGGCUGAUAGAAAACUGAUCUUUCAGAACCCCGAGAGCAAAAACAGUUAUCUGGACCCCCAUCGAAACAGUUAUCGGGACCUCCAUCGAAAGUUGGGACACUAACCAGUUCAUGGUUUAUCCGGAUUGCACUACUCUAAUGUACCUUCAGAUCCAUUGUCUGGUUUUGAGGGCUUUAAAAUGAUAUUAUUUGUGGCAUUUGAAUUGUUUUGGAACAACAGUAUAUGUCAUCACUAAUGUCUCCACUAUAUGACCAGAAGUAGUGGAUACAGUGUGAGCAAAUUCAGGGAGGAGUCAAAGUGGAAUGGGGGUGGGUGGGUUUGGGGUCCAGAUCUAGCCCAGAUUAUACCUGUGAGCUGCAGGUCCCCAUCCAUGGAUCUACAUUGUGGCGUAGAUAUUGUCCAACACAUCUUAUGAACUAUUUUAGUGGCUUUAACCAUCUCCACUGAAUACUCACCCUUUUCCUCUGUACCACCUUUUUGUAGUUGUUUUUACAAUGCUGUUAUAUCUCAUUAAAGUUGAUCUCACUUUUUUAAUA